AUGAUGUUUUCUAUUUUCCCGUCAUCCUUUACACGCUCAGGAUAUCGAGUGCUUGCGGCGAUUUUGGUUUUUCUAAUACUCCAGCAGUAUCUUUCUUUUCGCAAGCCGGUUUCCGUAAGCCAAAAAUAUCCUGACGAAGAAGACGUUCCCUCAACAUGCGACUCGCUUGAAGCACUCGAUGAUCUCUUCGUAAUUCUCAGGACAGGGGCUUCCGAGGCCCCUAAAAAACUUCCAGUUCAUUUUUCGACUACCCUACGCUGCGCUCCUCACUACGCCAUCUAUUCCGAUUACGAGGAGGAUAUUGAAGGACAUCAUGUCUACAAUGCUUUAGACGAGAUCAACCCAGAUAUCAUAUCCACGCAUGCCGAUUUCGAAUAUUACCGCCGUCUACAAGAGAAGGGUAGAGAGGCCUUUUCAUCAGAAGAAUUAGAGCAAUGGAGUUCAGCUAAAAAUACAAAUGGUGGACGGGAUAGUCCUGGUUGGAGGUUGGAUAAGUGGAAGUUUCUCCCGUUAGCAGAAAAGGCCCUUCGCCAGCAACCCGAUGCGAAGUGGUAUAUCUUCAUCGAGUCCGAUACUUAUAUGCUCUGGCAAACCCUACUAGAAUGGCUUGCCCAUUUUGAUCCUUCUAAGCCACAUUAUCUAGGCAUGCAGAUGCAAAUUGGUGACGUCGUCUUCGCUUAUGGUGGUGGGGGUUUCGCAAUUUCUAACCCGGCGUUGAAGAUGGUUGUGGCACACCGCAGAGAAAAGCUCAAGUUCUACGACGACCUGACUGGCGCUCACUGGGCUGGUGACUGUAUCUUAGGCAAAGCCCUAGCCGAUUCGGGUGUAAAUUUGCUAUGGUCCUUCCCGACUCUGACUGGUGACCAGCCCUCUGAUAUGAAUUUCAACUCAUCGUUUGGUGGAUCGAAUAAGACACCCUGGUGUUACUACGCUGCAAGCUAUCACCAUCUUCCACCUGCGGAAUAUCAUAAAUUAGCCAAGUUCGAACAGACUUGGAAUCGGGAAAACGUGUCUCGCCUACGUCACGGAGACGUAUUUAAACAUUAUAUCUUACCUCGUCUCUCGUCAAACCUUAGUGAUUGGGAUAAUUUAUCAGAUGUUGACCAGGGUUCGGUUACUUCUUUCGACGAAUGUCGCAACACCUGUGAGAAGCAACUCGAUUGCGUACAAUUCUCAUUUACAGAUCAGUCCUGUAAAACGUCAACGGCCCUUAUUCUUGGACAUCAGAUCUCUAAAGACGCUACCCCCCGAGUGAUGUCAGGGUGGGUAAUGGAGAGAGUUAAGGACUACAUUGAACGGAUGGAUACAUAUUGUGACAAUCAAAGUUGGAUAUUACCCUGA